CGAUGGAAAGGCGUCAUGCAUGUGGUAGAUACAAAACCAUUCCAAUUUGAUGCUUUUGUGUCAUAUGCAGAAGAGGACUAUCAACUAGUCAUUACAACUCUGUAUCUUGAGUUGAUUCGUUUAGGCUUCCAAAUUAGCUUACCAGAUAAAGACUUUAUCCCAGGUAUAUCAAAAGCUGAGCAACUCUUGCAGUGCAUCGAUGAUAGCCGGAAAGUAAUAAUUGUCGUUACCGAAAACUUCCUGGUGAGUGGAUGGGAUUCAUACGCCGUUCAGAUGGUAGUGACUCAUGCCUUUCACAAUAACAGACAAAAAUCCAUAAUAGUGAUCAUUAAAGAUGGUAUUCCUGUAGAAAGAAUGCCAAAGGACUUAAGAUACAUAUGGUGGUCUAUCAUAAGCAUUCGAUGGCCAGAUGAUGGAGGAAAUAUAUCAUUUUGGGAAGAAUUAUCUACAUCCUUGAACUUGAAUUAAACGGAAAAAAUGCUUUUGUGAAUUUAUAAUCUAUUCUUAUGUAUUUGUUGCAGGUAGCUGUGUGCUCAAACUUUAAUUCAAAUCCUAUUCUUUUUGAACUAAGUAAUAACAGCUACCUUCCAUCUGAGCACACUGAUAAGACAUUACGAUCCAAUUGUACAUAUAUUAAUGUAGAGUACCUGCAAGUGACUCCUCUCUUCUUUUCAUACAAAAAAGUCUAAGGAGAACAGUAUUGUGUUUCUUCACAAGGACACUUAAGGUUCAUCUUUAGAUGAAAAUUAGAAUAUAUCUGUAUGAUGUUUGACGAUGGAGUUAUUUGAGCUUCUUACCAUUGUAAGGGAGUAGUGUUAACAGCGUACCAUAUGUUUCAAUUUAAAGAUGUCGGACCUAAUCAGUCCAACUUUUGUCAUUAAUUUUUUUUUAAUAAUUCUUUCUUAAAACUAUUUUUUCCUUGACAUUUGUGACAAAA